AUGGUUAUCUCAUCAGAUGGAAGCCAACUUGAAGGCUUCCAACUGAUCAAAAUACUCGAUCAGGACCCCAAACUCAAGUCCGCCAACCUUCUGGGAGAAUUCGCUAUAACUGGGUCCAAUGGUGCUCAAGCUAUCGAGCAAGCCAUUCUGAUCGUUGAAAAGACACACUUUUCAGAACGAUUCUACGAGCGACUUCGAGAUACUUCUGCGGUCCCAAUUGUAUCAAGCGAGAAUGAAUCACAGGCCAGCAAGCUGAGCAAAGCAACACACAAAGAUACUGCUACAGGCACGCGCCAGCACCACAAUGCCCUCUUCUCGGCGCUCAGUAGCCUGGGUCAGAACGAUAUCUACACAUGGUUGCUUGCAUGGUCCGCUCGCUCUCAGCAAUGUUACGGGACCGAGUCUGAUGCUGAUGUCAAGAUUACGUUGAUUAGGCCCGCAACACAGACGCACAUCGACAAGUACUCUGCACAGCGCAAAAUCAUGGUCUGUGAGACGCCGGAGAUGUACCAGCAAAAGGUGCUGCCUUGGAUCGAGUCUUUUCCACCAUCUCGUAUCCAGUGGGUAUACAACAUCCUGGAGCACAAGAAGGAAGCUGAAAGUAUCCUAUUCGAGAAACCUGAUCCAAAAAAUGGCUUCAUCAUUGUACCCGAUCUAAAAUGGGAUCAGAAGACAGCCUCGAGCCUCUACAUCCAGGCAAUCGUGCACAAUCGAGAGCUGAAGAGUAUUCGAGACCUCAAACAGGAGCACGUGACAAUGCUGGAAAGCAUCAAGCAGGAGGCAAGUCGAGUGGCAUUUGAAAGGUAUGGCCUGACAGGGAGAAACGAUAGCGCGGAGGGCAAUGUACGGUGCUUUCUUCACUAUCACCCAAGCUAUUACCAUCUACACGUCCACAUUUUAGCAUCAAGCUUUACAUCUCACCCUGGUGCAGUGGUAGGACAAGCACACUUGCUAGACGAUGUGGUCGACCUGCUCAAGCUCGGCGUAGAUAUGAAGAAGCGCACAUUGAACUAUUCUCUCGGAACCAACAGCAAGCUUUGGUCCGUCUUAUACCCUGAUCAAUCAUCAUAG